AUCGGGGCUGCGUUUUUAUUGAAAACACACGAAGGCCUUUCGAAGCGUCUCGUGUGUAUCAUUUUACGUCAUUGCAUAUGCUAUACUCUUUUAAGAAGGGGAUAAGCAGAUUUGACGAUGCGGAUCCAUGAGAAUCAUGAUAGGUUUGUUGGUUGUUAGAUUUGGACAGGGGCAGUCUUUGCAGAGCCUGUUAUACAGAUCAAGGUUCAAUUACUUGUGGUGGUUAAGAUUCAAAGGUAAAAAGCAAAGAGAGCCAGGAUUCAUAGCACUAUGUACUGAAACAACAGUCGUGCACGCCAAAACUCUGUUGCAUAACGUUAUGUUAAAAAGUGACUAAGCCUUAGUUCAAAAGAGGAUUAACUGGCGACAUGAUGGGGACCGGUCGACGUAGUCGCAAUAAAGGUGGCGGCGGAGGUAGUCAGUACGAGUCGUCGGAUGAGGACUCCCUUGAAACGUGCUCCGUCUUUUCAGGCGAAUCUCGCGCGGGAAACAAUCGCGCUUCCCAACAGAAUACAGAUGAGGACGGAAGUAAUUCAGGAGCCGAGGAAGUUGAUCACUUCGAGGACAAACUGAAAGAGGCUAUUGACGGCGCUUCAACGGUAAAGACAGGGCCACGUCGAACAACCUACCUACAGGUUCUACGGCAAGCAUUAGCUGACCGAUUUUGCCCAGAGUUCCUUGCGACUAGACCAUGCACAAUGGUUGACAUCGUUGAAAAGUCCGUGAAAAAAGGUCGACCCGAUGAACAGGCAGCAGCUUGUGCCUUGGCCUGCAUUCUCGUCUUACAAUAUGGUCCUGAGCCUGACAGUGUGCACAUCUACGAUACGCUGAAUAAAACUCUCGGACAUAUGGUGACCAAUGCGGGCUUACCGUACGCUACUCGUCAGCAGUGUGCCAAUGCGCUCGCAAUCACUGCUUACAUAGCUGACACUAAUCCUCUUAACAUCCGCGAGAUUAUGGACGAACUACGGUCAGUGUUUUCCGGCGCUUAUCUUAAAGGCGACGGCAUGCCGCCAACGAUCACUCCAGAGCAGUCGGCGCUAUACCAGACAGCGCUACAGUCAUGGGCAUUGCUGCUGACAGCAUUACCUGCCGAUCUCGCCUAUAACCACCUUAACAGACAUCUGGCACCGAUUUGUGGUGUUCUUGAGAGCAACGAUGUCGACCUGUGUAUAGCAGCUGGCGAGACAAUAGCCUUGAUGUUUGAAAUCGGGCGCGGGCAGAAGCAUAUGUUUAAGCCUGAAGAUCCUCGAUUUCAUCUUCAAAACUUGCGUGCAAAGUUGAAUGAGCUCAAAACCGGUUCGCAAAAGUCACACACGAAAAAGGAUCGAAAAAUUCAAAAGUCAUCAUUUAGAGAUAUUGAACGAGGAAUUACAGAUGAAGAGGGUCCUGAUUUCACUGUUCACUUUGGAGUAGAAGCCCUCCACAUUCGAACAUGGGUGGACAAGCGAACGUACGAUGCACUUAUCGGCGUGCUGGGCCGUGGCAUGAAUCAUCAUUUGCAGACGAACGAUUGUCUCCGAUCUUUAUUCAGCUUGGGUGCACCACUAGUACCAGGCAGCAAGGAAUCUGAAGGACUGUUUGAUAAAGCUUCCAAAUUCAAGCGGCAUAUGGCCAACGUCGCGAUGGAUCGCCAUCGUACGCAAAAGCUGGCGAAACAUCGAGAUAAACGAAUGGACGUUUGUAGAAGCGACUAAAUCAUCCUCUGCAUCCGAGCAGGUUAGGAGAAAUGGGCAUAUAGGAAAU